CCUUUCUUUUUAUUUAUUUUAUUUGGUGGUGACUCAACAUUUCCAAACAAUAACUACAUGAAAACUCAUCAAAACAAAGGCAAAAUGUGGAAAACACAUCUGUCUUGCAUAUUCUUCCUAAUAUGUAAGGAAAACAGUUAAGAUGAAAAUACAGACCCAGUGCUCCCACAAACAGUAUGCACCCCUUUCUUCUUUACACUACAAUACCAUGGCUGCUGAGAAGAAAUAAGUAAAGAAUAAAUAAAUAAAUCCUUAAAAUUGUUCAUGUAGACAUUGUGACUUUUCACCAAUGGUAAUCGACAACGUUUGUAUUGCAGCUGUUCGAGCGGAUGAGCAUGCAAAUUAAAUAAUGACUUAUUGACCUCAUUAUCGUACGGGUACAUGUGUGGUCAUGGCUGGAGGAACAGUGGGCGGCUGGAGAGCCUGUUGUUUUCGGGCAAUGACCGUGUGUGUGUGCGCACAUGAGUGCAGAGGUCAUGCAGACUGGGCCGCAGACACGCACACGCCUGCAGUAUGCGUCUGGUCAUCUGACUGCUGUGACUGAGGUCUCGGGUGACGGCUCCUUUAAGAAAACGGAACUGAGCCUCGGCGUUUGACGCGCUGAGGAUGUGGGCAGGAAACGCCAUGCAAGAACAGAGAGAGACGAUCACGCUUCCCUGCACCGUUGCACAAUACAGUGCGAUCAAAAUGUGCUUUAAUUCACCACGCUAAUGUCCAGCAGUGGCCAUUCUCCUCGGAUCUUUACCCCCCGGCCUACACAGAGCUGGCUUGGUGGAUUUUGCCGGCGUGGGAUUUGAGUGCUAUCCGAGCGAGAGGGCAGCCUUCCCUGCCUGCUCGGUUUGAAAACAUCGGGGCUGGUCAGCAGCGGGUGGGAGAGACAGAGCAGGCUUCGUCGCGGAAAAAGGAGGUGUCUGCCUUUUUUUUUUUUUUUUUUUUUUUGGUCUCCCCCCUCACAGCCAUGAGGGAGUACAAAGUGGUUGUUUUGGGGUCGGGUGGAGUCGGCAAAUCCGCGCUGACGGUCCAGUUCGUGACAGGCUCCUUCAUCGAGAAGUACGACCCCACGAUAGAAGAUUUCUACAGGAAGGAGAUCGAGGUGGACUCGUCCCCGUCGGUGCUGGAGAUCCUGGACACUGCGGGGACCGAGCAGUUCGCCUCCAUGCGAGACCUGUACAUCAAGAACGGCCAGGGCUUUAUUUUGGUUUACAGCCUGGUGAACCAGCAGAGCUUCCAGGACAUCAAGCCCAUGCGAGACCAGAUCAUCCGGGUGAAGAGAUAUGAGAGGGUCCCCAUGAUCCUGGUGGGAAACAAGGUGGACCUGGAAGGGGAGAGAGAGGUGUCUUCUGGGGAAGGCAAGGCACUGGCCCAGGACUGGAACUGCCCGUUUAUGGAAACCUCAGCCAAAAAUAAAGGAUCAGUCGACGAACUGUUUGCAGAGAUAGUCAGACAGAUGAACUACUCAGCGGUUCCUAGUAGGGGGGACCAGUGUUGUUCAUGUGUCCUGCUCUAAGACAAACAAAAACAUGACAAGAGACAUUGCAUUCGGGCUGAAUUUGAGCUUCUAUCUCAUCCUGCAGGCUUUUUGCCAAACUAUUCUCUCUGCUCACACUGUUGUCUUAUUGUUGCACACAAACAAAAAUUGACGAUGACAACAAUCGAUCAUGUAUUAUAGUCUGGAAAAGUGUUUACAUGACAAAGUACUUGAAUGUUUUGGGAUUUUUUUUAUAUAUAUAGCUUUGUAUUUGACACUUAUCUGGAAAUGUGCCUCAAUGGGAAUGUCUUAUUGUGAAACCUAAGAGACAUCUGUUUUUUAGUUCUUUCUUUUUUCUUUUUUUGUGGUUUAAUUUGUUGAGUUGUACUGUUGCAUCUUCUGGGCUGGGUCAUUCUAUCUUGGGGAGUGGUAGAGGUGGUAGUUGUCGGGGGAGGGAGGGGUGAGUUAGGCCAAAUCCCAUGCGGAGCCGGGAUUGGUCACUUUUAGGAGACAUCAAAGUGCUUAAGCGCUCUUCAACGUACUCAUCACCAGUCAAGCCUUGCACAGGUUACUCAAAUCAGAUCUCCACACUGUCUGUCCUCCAAAGGUCAAGUCUAGUCUGAGAUCCACCCACUAAGAUACUGUAUUUGAGGCUGUGGUGGAGUUGUGUUACGCUGACAAACUUUUGUUUUUUCCUUCUCCCUCUCUGGUCUGGUGAAAGUGGAUUUAUUGUGGAACUUGCACUUAGCUGACGGUGUCCCUCCUCAGUGUGCACAAAUAAGGACCUUAGUGCAUUGCUGUCGCUGCAUGGGGAACGCCACAACCCCAUGUCAAGUGCCUUCCUGAGAAAAACUCCUGUGACUGUGCCAACUGAUGAGCCCUACUUCCUCUGCAGUGCGUCUUGAUGGCAAUCAGAACUUUAUAUCCGUUUUCAGUCUACAUUCUAGUUACAUUUGGUGUCAAGAGUGUGACAAGCCUCUUAUUUUACUGUCAGGAAGCUACGCUUGUAACAGACCUGCUGUUUCAGGGUCAGAUUCAGGCCUUUGUCAAGGUACUAGUCCAGACAAGAACAACAGAGUAACUUUAACCUACUAGGACUUUGGUUCAGUGAAUGGCAAGCCAUGUCUGUAUUAUCUAGAAUUUUUUUGCUUUUCUGAAAAUGUGACUUUUUUUUUUUUUUUUUGACUUACCUUAAUUGUAAUUCUCACCUUGGACAAAUCUUCUGCCAUCCACAUGUCAGUUUAAAAGACUUGUAAUACAAAACUCAUUUUAAGUAAGAUUGUGUGCUGUACUUGUCUCUGCUGAAAACAAAGAGUUUUAAUAAGAGUACUUUGAUCAUCCCUGUCAUCCCUGUAAUGUAGGCCGACCGAUUUUUUAUUUUUUUUUGUUAAAAUUCUGACAAUCAGUUAAUAGUUUAUGUAAUAUUAUGAAGGAUAAACUCCAAACAUUUUCUAUUUUCAGCUGUGAGUAAGAUGAACAUCUUUGGGUAUUGGACUGUUGAUCACACAAAACAAGCAAUGUCUCAGGCAUCUCUAUUGGCAUGCGUACUUGUCAGUCCUCAUAUAUUAACCAAUCAAAAAAAAAAGGAAAAAGUAGAUUAAUCAGCAAUGAAAAUAAUUCAUUGCAGCCCUACAACUGUUUUACGCAAGUCAUGGCCUCUAUUGUUAUUCAGAUAUCGUGACAUAAUGGAUUUCACUUGUUAACAAAAUUAUUUACUGGUUUUAAAUGCUUUGUAUGAAAAUGAAUAGUGAAUAUUAUUUAGUAAGUGAUCAUGACCAUCAUG